AUGGCGAAAGGCGCAAAGGCUGUAGAUCCUCUCUCGGACGAGGCGCUGCAGCACUUCAAGACGUACAAGUAUUCUUCGGUCGACAAGUCACCUAUCUCGCACUAUAUCCUGCGACACUAUUGGAAUGCGUGCGUUGAAUUCCUGCCACUAUGGCUCGCUCCCAACAUGGUCACAUUGAUCGGCUUCCUCUUCGUGAUUGGCAAUGUCGGCCUGCAGCAGAUCAUGGACCCAGAUCUCACGGGACCCAAGCAUGCUUGGGUCUACUAUAGUUAUGCAUUCGGUGUCUGGGCAUACUCGACAAUGGACAACAUCGACGGCAAGCAAGCUCGACGAACCGGCACAUCAUCUGGACUCGGCGAGCUCUUCGACCACGGCAUAGAUUCACUCAACUGUACCCUAGCCUCUCUGCUCGGAACCUCUGGCAUGGGUCAGGGUACUAGUCUGAACGGUGUUCUGACCGCACUCAUCCCGACUCUGCCCAUGUUCUUCUCCACCUGGGAGACCUACCAUACUCACACGCUCUAUCUCGGCUACUUCAAUGGGCCAACGGAGGGACUGCUCAUCGCGUCCAUCAUCUUGAUCUUGUCAGGGCUCUUUGGCCCUCAGAUCUGGCACCAACCUGUGGCCGACCUGGUCGGCUUCAGCGACGUGCUGGGUAGCUGGAGCAUCAACGACAUUUGGGCACCAAGUCUUCUAUUCAUAUUCUUCGCUGCGCACAUGCCUGGAUGUAUCUCCAACGUCGUCGCCGCCCGAUGCGCGCAGAAGCUUCCUGUACUUCCCGUCUUCUUGGAAUGGACACCCAUGUUGAUCUUUGUCGGUUCAUUGGUGGCCUGGCUCGGUUCACCAUAUUCUGCGCUGGUGCGCGACAAUCAUCUUGCCUUGCUCUGUUUGACCCUGUCCUUUGUCUUCGGCCGCAUGACAACCAAGAUGAUUCUGGCGCAUCUGACCCGUCAACCGUUCCCCUACUGGACGAUGCAGUUGGCGCCGUUGGUCGGGGGCGCAGUGCUCGUCAACCUGCCAUACUUUGGCUUCCAGGCGCCGUCCGCUGAGGCACAGCUUUACUACCUCUGGGCAUACUUCUUCUUUGCGAUGAUUGUAUACUUCCGUUGGGCUUUCCUGGUGUGCUCGGCCAUCUGCAAAUAUCUCGGCAUCAACUGCCUGACGAUCCCGAUCGAGAAGCAGAGGCAGUUGCAGGCACAGAAGCAGAAAUGA